AUGUCUACGGAGCCACCUAGCUUGAAGGAGAUCCUUCUCCAGUCGACUGCCCAGGAGCUGGGAACCGAAGCCUUGGAAACAGUGGCGGAACCCAAAAUAGAUUCGACGCCACAGAAUCUUGCGAACCAUCAUGCCAUCAUGAUCGGGAGGGGGAGCAGCAUCCCGCGGUGGACACCUGGAUCCGUCAUCAGAUGGUCUGCAUGGCGGAUGGGAUACGAGUCGCAGGAGGAUGCCGACUUUGCGGCACUGCACCUGAGCAUAGCCGCCAAUAUCUGGAACGAGGCAGAAGUAGGCGUACGCUUCGAGUUCGUGCCGCUGGCCAAGGACGCCAAUUUCGUCGUCUGCCACGGCGGAUACAAAGGUGAUGUCCUGGCCAGCGCCUACUUCCCUAACCAAAAAGACCUGAACUUUGUCUAUGUCUAUACUCGGGGCCUGGCGCCUGAUUGGAAGGACAGUCUCUGGUCGGUGUUCGUCCAUGAGCUUGGCCACGUUCUGGGCUUGCGCCACGAGUUCGCGAUGGAUCCGCGUCGACUGGAGCGCCACAAGGCGGUGCAGUUUGGCGAGGCCAACCCGCUCUCCGUUAUGAAUUAUCGCCGUGAACCGCCCAAGCUUCAGCCCUCGGAUAUUGCCGCCACUAGGGCAUUCUAUCAAAUGCCUACCGGGACUAUGCUUGAGUCCACUCCGGUUGUGGAUUUUGUACCUCAAUGA